AUGGUGAAUCCUAAGGAGCACUGCAAAGCAAUCAUGACAAGAAGUGGGCUGGUGCUUCAACAGGUGAAGGGAAAUAAAGAAAAAGAAACAGUGAAGGAAGAUAAGGAAGAAAAAGAGGUGGUAGUUGAAAAUGAUGGUGUGCCCAAGAAGACAAUGAAGUGGGAGAAGAAGAAGAUGGCUGACAAGCAGGACCAGCCAGUUACUUUGUCUCCAUAUGCCAAAAUAAACAUACCAUUUGCUGAAGCCCUGGAGAACAUGCCUCAUUAUACAAAAUUUAUGAAGGAUCUUCUAUAUAAGAAGAUGAAGUUAAAGGAUGGUGAGACGAUGGCUUUGACGGAGGAGUGUAGUGCUCUGAUUCAGAAGAAAUUACCUCCAAAGUUGAAGGAUCCAGGGAGCUUUAGCAUUUCUAUUGCAAUUGGGGAUGUGGAAGUUGGUAAAGCACUAUGUGAUUUGGGGGCAAGUAUAAAUUUGAUGCCAUUGUCUUUGUGUAGGGCAUUGGGGAUAGAUAAGUUGAAGGAUACCAAUGUUAUUCUGCAUCUAGCAGAUAGAUCUAUCAAAAGACCAGAAGGAUUAGUAGAAGAUGUGUUAGUUAAGGUGGACAAGUUUAUUUUUCCUGUGUAUUUUGUGAUACUUGAUAUGGAGGAAGAGGAUGCUGAAAGUCCUUUACUCCUAGGAAGACCAUUCUUAGCAACUGAGAUGGUGGAAGAAGUGAAUAGAGAAGAAGACUUUUCAUUGGAGGAAGAUAGAUUUCUUGAGGAGACAAGUACAGAAAAUUAUCAAGAGGAACCGGUAGUGGAAGAGCUUGAUAAAAAGAUAGAUGACAUUCCUGUGGGAGCACCUAAGGUAGAGCUUAAAGAACUACCUUCAAAUCUGAAAUAUCAAGAUUGUAAUCUGGUUUUGAACUGGGAAAAAUGUCACUUCAUGGUGACUGAAGGAAUUGUUCUUGGACACAAGGUGUCUAGGAGAGGAAUAGAAGUAGAUAAGGCAAAAAUCUCUAUGAUAGAGAAACUUCCUCCACCUGUCAAUGUCAAAGAGCUUUUUAUGCAAGUUGUUGGUCAAAGACCAAGAGUUUAUGUUUGA